AUGGACGAUCUGAAGCUGUUUGCGGAAACUAAAGAGAAACUGCAACUUCUACUGCAGCUGGUAUCGACGUUCAGCAACAAUAUUUGUAUGGAGUUUGGUAUCGAUAAAUGUCGACUAGUCAACCUCCAUCGAGGUAAAGUGGUGGACGCCGACAGUUUCCGCAUCAACGAGAGAGAGGAGAUACGAUGUAUGGUUGAAGGUGAAUCGUACAAGUACCUUGGAUUCCUGCAACUGAAAGGCAUUCACCACACGGUGAUCAAGAAAGAGCUGCAGGGUAGGUUUUUGCAUCGUGUCAACAGUAUAUUGAAUUCGCUCCUCUCCACCGGCAACAAGAUAAAGGCGAUAAAUACGUUUGCCGUGCCCUUGUUGACAUACAGCUUCGGGGUGGUCAAGUGGACCAAAACGGAUUUGGAGGCGAUAGAACGAGCGUUACGAGUGUCGCUCACCAAAUACCGUUCGCACCACCCAAAAUCAGCAACCGAAAGAGUCACCUUGCCACGAAUUGGUGUCACCGAUAUCCAAGCGCUAUGCGUUUCCCAGAUCCAGCAGUUGCGACAAUAUUUCAGAGAGAGCCAGAACCGUCAUUAUAUUUAUCGCACUGUUUGUCGAGCAGAUCAUGGAUUCAGCGCCCUGCAUCUGGCGCAGGAGGAAUAUCAGCUGAACUGCGACCUGAAAACUGUAGAAGAGAAGGUCGCAUCGUGGAAGCAGAAGGAAUUGCAUGGGACGCACCCCCAUCAGUUAGAGCAAGCGCAGAUUGAUAAAGUGGCAUCAAAUACGUGGCUGGUGCGAGGUGAGCUCUUUUCGGAAACAGAAAGUUUCAUGGUAGCCAUCCAGGACCGGGUCGUUGCGACGAAGAACUACCGCAGGUAUAUAUUGCACGAAAACGUAGAAGACCGCUGUCGUAAGUGCAAUUUAGUAGGAGAGUCGAUCGAGCACGUCGUCGCAGGCUGUCAAGCGUUAGCUGAGAUAGCCUAUCUCGGUCGGCAUAAUGCGGUUGCCAAGAUUGUGCACCAACAACUUGCACUGAAGCGCGAUCUGGUGAACCAGUAUGUGCCCUGCUACAAAUAUCUGCCAGACCCGGUUUUGGAAAAUAGCUGCAUCAAACUGUACUGGGAUCGCGAGAUCAUAACGGAUGUCCUCAUACGUGCCAAUCGCCCUGAUAUUGUGGUCUACGACAAAAGAAUGAAACGGGUAACCAUCAUUGAUAUCGCUGUGCCGUUAAAUUGA